AUGAGCCCUGCCUUCUGGCUGGUCCGCACUCCUUCCACUCUCCUUGGGGCUAAAGAGCUGAUGAAGGUCGCGUUUUCCGUAAUAACCUUUAAUGCGGCUGGCCACGGCCCAAAUGUUCGCGAUGGAGCGCUGGGCCCCGCGCAUCAGAUGGACGAUGAAGUGUUAAUCAUCCCCCAGGGAGCAGUCCCGCGGAAAGUCGUCAUUAAUUUCUCUGAAUUACACCAAUUCCGAGACAUUCUUUAUGGACAGACAGUGCGGGAGACAGUUAUAUGA